AUUGCCUUUACCGAUGAUGGUUCGGAUUCAAGGAGGAUCUUUCUUUUUUGGAGAUGAGGCCUGUGGUAUUUAAAGUCCAGAUUGUUUCUUGAGAUCCAAAGUCAUCUACAUGAGCAUGAUUUACAGAGUUGACUUACUAGUUGAGAUCCAACUAGCGGUACCAUGAAUCUUCCAACAGUGAUUGUUAAACAAGGAUGGCUUCGGGGAGUUAACGUACAAAACGCCCUUGGAGAAUCUUACAUUACGUUUAGAGGGAUUCCUUACGCAGCACCACCCGUUGGCAACCUCAGAUUCAAGGAUCCACAACUCGUUCAGCCAUGGACAGGAGUACGAAAUGCCUCGCAAGAGGGACCGCAAUGUGCUCAGGCAGAUUUAUACAGCGGUGAAAUAUUUGGCGAUGAUGAUUGUCUUUAUCUCAAUGUUACCACCAAGUCCUUGACUGGGUCAAGGCCGGUGAUGGUUUGGAUUCACGGAGGAGCUUUCCUAGUUGGGGAUGGAGGUUGUGAAAAGCAGGGCCCAGACUACCUGGUAGAAUCUGGUAUAGUCUACGUCGGUAUUAACUACCGACUUGGUGUGCUAGGGUUCCUUAAUCUUGACGAUGCUGAAGCUCCUGGGAAUAUGGGACUGAAGGAUCAGGUCGCAGCUUUGAAAUGGGUAAAGGAAAACAUUUCUCAGUUUGGCGGUGACCCAAAUAACAUUACAAUUUUUGGACACAGUGCUGGAGCCUCUUCCGUUCAUUAUCAACUCCUAUCACCACUAGCUAAAGGACUUUUCAACAAAGCCAUCAUUCAGAGCGGAGUGGUUUUGAUGCCCUGGGCGCAACGUCCGAAUGCAAUUUUAUCUGCGCAACGCUUAGCUUCUGCCCUUGGAAAAGACACAACGGACACUAAGGAAAUUCUUGAGUAUCUUCGAACCAUCCCCUCUCACCAGAUCAUCGGUGCAAGCACGAAACUAACUUCAAUGGAUACGUUGAAUAAAAAUUUCAUAUUCGGGCCAACGAUAGACGACAAGAGUAACGCACCAUUCUUACCCGAGCAUCCUGGAGAGUUGGCUAAGAAUGGUAUCGAAGUACCUGUCAUAAUUGGAUACACCAGCCACGAAGGAUUAUUCAAUGUGUUGGGAGUUUCCGACGAUAAAUACACUAAGCUUGAUGAGGAGUUCGAGUCGACGGUCUCGGAAGACUUGCAAUUAGCGGAAAGGGCCGCAUCUAAAGUGUCCGAAAUAGCUCGCGAGCUAAGGAAGUUCUACUUUGGAGAAAAUAGUAUUACUGAGGAUUUGGUUGAUAACGUUGUUCAGUACUGUGGGGACUUGCACUUCGUUCAAGGGACUCAUAAGACUAUUGAAAUCCAGCGAAGUAAAAAGACACCGACAUACGUGUACAGGUUUUCGUAUGACAGCCCAAAUGCCAUCAUGAAGAAACUCCGUAAACUAGAUCUCAAAGGUGCGGGACACGGCGCGGAGAUGAGAUACUUAUUCGUCAUCACUAAGUAUCGCGAUCUGUAUACAGAUGAGUACGAUUCUACCGAUGAGAUACUACGCAAAAGAUUGGUCAGAAUGUGGACGGACUUUGCAAAAACUGGGAAUCCGACACUGGUGGUUGAUGAUCUAAUUACCGUAAAGUGGGAGCCUGUGACUGCGUCAAGAAAAAACUACUUGGAGAUCAACGCGGAACUUACAGCGAGCGAAAAUCCUGACCAAGAAAUGUGGGAGGUUUGGCAACGUGUCGAAGCUAUUGCAGACGAUCACUAGCAUUACAUUCGUGAACGCGUUGGACGUACUUCGUACGUAGGUCUACCAAAUGAAUCAUUCUGUGAUAAUAAAUGGUAUUCAACUAUUCAACCACGAA